AUGGCAAACCUGCAGCAAGAAUACCCUGGAGUCCUCAUGGGGAUCCUUGAAGAACUGGCUACCAUGCGUCAGUGGUUGACAUUCCAGGACCUUUGUCGUAUGGUCAGCACCCGCUUUGACUUGGAACACCUCAUUGAGCUCAGGAGUUUGUUGUUUGCUGCUGCUAGCCGGGACCCCUGUUUUCCAGCCACUCUUUUUAGAGAUCGAGUUUCCACCAGGGGACAAGGGCUGUCACCAAUAGGUGUCGCUGCUGACAUCGUGACAAUUUUUAACCUUAUUCAGAUGACGGGUGGGGCCACCGAUGACAGCCAACCAAUGAGAACUCAGACGGUCCUGCCUGUGGACCAGUCCCCAGGUCCCAGUCUGCCCGGGAUCCACCACCUGAACGUUCCGAGUAGAGAGAGAGUACGCGCUCACUCUGACUCCAGUGCAAGUCUUAUCGACAAGCACUUGCUGUUUCCACAUUCCAAUUACUCAGUGCGUAAGCGUGGCAGUCUCCCCCCCGAUCCCAUCUCACUUGUAUCGCCCCCUCCCGUCAGGACGCGGGCUGUGUCUUUCGACUUGCCUCACACCACACUUUUGUAUUCCAGUGGACAGAGCCCCGCCAAGACCAUGAAGGAUAUUUACCUGCCUUUGGAAACGGACAGCGAGUCAAGUGGCGAUUCAGCUCCGGUUGAGGUGUUUGAAACCGAACAGGAGUCAUCACUCGACCAGAAGAGAAACAUCUUUAAGAAGGACUUCCACAAUCAGCCGCCUCUCAUACCACAGGUGACCGUCCACAGUGAAUCUCCCAGUCCCAAGGGGGAGAAAGGCUUUGACAAUCACAACUUUGAAAUGAUCCCUAACCCUUACCCUUCGCCCGCCGCAGUCCAGCAGGCUCCGGAAGAGCGGACCAAACAUGAAAGUCUGGAUGACCUGCAGGACUCCACUUAUUUCGGACCUGGAUCGAUCCCAGAGCGGUCCCAGAAACACUUGAAGCCUCCCCGAGGGCAAAGGCCCAUCUGGAGUAACAAGAGUCACAGUCUGGAGGACCGGAUCAGCCCAGCCGGCGUUGGUAUGGGACCUGAAACCCGUGGUGGAAAACUACAAAGGCGAUCAAGGCCCGCUAUGAGCAAAAUGGGGGGUUCUUUGGGGGGCGAGAUUGGGGACAUUGAAUUUGACGGAAUGAAGGCUCAAGGAACCCAGACCGAUCCUCCAGACACCCGGCGUCUCCGUAGCUUGGUCCAUGCAGACCGCCUGUCCUUCAUGACUUCUUUGGAUGAUCCGGACUUUGCCGAUGAUGACAUAAGUGCCAUCUUCCGCUUUUUAGAUGACAUAAGCAUGUGUGGCUCCACGGGAGUCCUGCACCCUAACGAUGGAUCCGGGGCGCUCAACCAGGAUACCCCGGAGGCCAGACGGGGCCGCCUAGGCCAACUCCAGAGGCUUUUUCAUUCUCUGGAAAGCAGCGAUGAUGGACUAAAAGCCAGCGUGUGCAAGCUGCUGCUCCGUAUGAACCAGAUCGAGCGACAGUUGGAAUCACUAAAUGAUGUCAAAGCCGAGAUCUCUCAGGUCUUGUCUGCUUUGCAGCGACUGGAUGAAAAGAUCCCGCAGCCCGCCGUCGAUGGCGCACAGAGCAGCGGUGGCCGAUGGCUGGAGCCCCUCAGCGGCGUGUCCUCCUUCAUGAGCCACCCCAUCACCCCCUCAGAAUCAUCUGAGCCUCAGCCUUUAUCUGUAUCCGAGCAUCUCUUUCCUGCAACCAGCACUCAUAGUCUGGACUGGAACAAAUGGAACGCUCCUGGGGAGCAGACAGACAGUGGUAAAUGUCAAGGUGAGACAAAAGCGGGCAAAGACGGAAAAGCGUCUCGUCGCGCCUCGACAAAUGAGGAGAAAGGGCCAUCGGAUUCCAAGCGAUCAAAUGUAUCAAGCAUGGCAAAAGACUGGAUGGUGACUUUCUCCAAAAUGAAAGGUGGCAAAUCACAAGAGAAAACUGGACAGGAAGAGCAGCCAAGCCGAACUGCCAAACUUCUUUCUCAGAAGUCGUCCAGCUUGGUGGAGCAAGUAUUUAGCUCGUCCUUGUUUGGCAACAAAGAAAGCAGCCUGACUGGGGGCCUCGCCGCAGGAAAAAUGAUGGACCCCAGACUGGCUGAAGCGAGAGGAAGAGCCGUCUGGACCGUAGACGAGCGAGAGUCACGAGUCUCCCCUUUGCAGGGUCGUGAUUCUCUCAACCCUAACAACAUGGAGUUCUGGAUGGACGACAUCUACACUCCGGGCUAUGAUGCGUUACUCAGGCGUAAAGAGGCUGGCCUCCGCCGGGCCAAAGUUUGCAAGUUGUUAGCGCUCAUCGCUGUUGUACUUGUUAUCAUUCUCAUCAUUGUCAUUCCCAUUUGCACCAUGAGAUCAUGAGAAAUUGCGUGAGGACUUUUUGCACAUUAUUCU